UCAGUACAGAUUAGAUUUGCCUCUUAUACAACGAGGUACAAGAUCCAGGUAGAAGCCGGAGACCUGCCUUGGGGACAGCUCUGUCCAGGGAAUCCCUUGGCAAUAUUCCUUGCCUAUACUGAGAGUACCAGGAUGCUUCCCACUAACUUCAUGGGAAAAAUGCUGUGUUGAAAAGGGAUUAAUUUGUUCACAGAGGCCAGGAUAAAUAAGGUCUAGAGGUUUCUGACACUUAUCUUAAAUCACUCAAAAUUCUAAUUACAGUUUUUGUAACCAUAUUUGACUUUUUUAUUCGAUUACUUUUAACAGCUCUGACAUACUUGGUAAACAGGACAAGCAUCUACACUUGUUUCUUCCAAAUGUAUCUGAACAGAUUCAGCCCUUGGGAAAAGCACCCUUGCCACCUCCCCAGAGGGACAUUUCACCAGUUUAUGGGAUUUUCUGCAAUGUUUACCAGGGUCACUGAGCCUCCUGCUGUUUUCAACAGUUGUUUUUCUCUCAGCCUCAGCAAACUUCUCUUCUCCUCCACCUUUGCUUCCUUCCUACCCACAUUCCCAAGAAUCAAAUACCUUCCCUGUCCCAGACUUGCAGAUAAGGUUAGAUGGGUGUUUUGGCAGACGCCAUAUGUCUGUUCUUGUGUCCUGAGUUCUCCUCCUCCUCCUCUUCCUCAGUUGUCCUUGUUCACCUUUGGUCACCCUGUUCUUGCACCAGCAAACAUUUUGAUCCUUUGCUGUCAACACUGAGAGUUCAGCUAUUUGGUAAACUGCUAUAUCAGCAAGGAAUUUGAAUUCCACAUGUUUGCUUGGGAGUCUUCAGUCAAAGAUAUACCCUCAUGCCAAAACUUCUUUGGGUCUUCUCAUGGCUGCAGGGGCACCAUGUGAAUUAAGUUAAUAGCUUAUUAAUUGUCUUUAGCAGUGAGGAAAAAAAUUGAGCCUGGUCUCUAGAUGUUUUAUGUAGUUUGGGGAACAAAACAAUGAUUCAUGGAGACAAAAAUUGUUUGGUUUCCUGCUCCCACCACAGACUGGACUCUUGUUAGGUCAGUAGGGAGCCAAAGGGAGACACUAUAUGAAAUUGUCUGAUGUGGCUCUGCAAACAUGUCCUAGGUUGGACAUUGUGGAGAGUUAUCUCCCUCAAGUUUAAGAUUACUGCCUGCUGUUGUUCAGCAGGUAGCAUGAAGUCGAGCUUUGUAGUACACUUCCUUGUCAGGUGUUAUUACACCCAUUUUAUAGCUAAACCAGGACAUUUGCCCAAAAUAUUUCACAGAUAGGUGGAAAAAACAUAGCCCAAUAUGUGCAGUCAUUUUCUUGAAGCCACAUUAAGAUUUCUUGCAAAACCCUGGGCGUUCAUAGUGCUCGACUAUGCUGUAAGAUCUGGACAAAAUAAGGCAGCAAACUCCCUUUCAUGACCAGAGGAAAAUUCAUUCCCAAAUGAGGAUCCCUGAUGAGAAGUGCUAUAUUUGCCCUCCUAAAGCCUGAUUUUCAGCUUGGAAGUGAGGUGAGAGCCUUUUAUCAGGUCCUUGUACAGAGUGACUCAUCCCCAGAGCAUCCUGUGCCUGUAAAGAUGUGUUCAAAGCCUACUUGCCCUGUAACACAGUGAAUGCCAACUAGUAACAACCUCUUGAGUCUCACUUCAGUGUCCACAUUCCCACCACCCCUUGACAGCACAAAGCACCCAAUACUUGUUCUAAAGUUAAACCUCAUCUAUUAUGUGAAAAUAUCUCUAGGUCAUUCCUAGAACUAGGAAACCAAUGACUUGGAUCCAAAAGUACCCCUCUUCUCAUAAGACUAUGAAUAUCUUGAAGGUGAAAUAAAGGGUGGGUUAGAUUUGUUAUAGCCUUUUUUUUUUUUAAUCGACUAUUCAGUGUUGGUCUUCAUUAUUUUUUUUUAUUCUUUUGAAAGCUUUAGAGCCUCCUGCAUAACCGCGUCUGCCCCAUUCACUGCUGAAUGGAUGGUGCGCUGAUCUUUUUCUCGAUCUGGACAAUGAUCACAGAGCCAGAUUGGAUUAGUGAAACCUAUUUACCAGAAGUUCAGAGCGGUUGCAUGAAGCUGAAAGGCAGUCAGUAGGGAGACGUGGAAAAUGCACCAGAUUUACAGCUGCAGCGACGAGAAUUUAGAAGUUUUCACCACUGUGAUUUCAUCCAAAUCAUGUAGUCCUGCCCGAAGACGAGCCAAAACUACGCAACACAUCCUAACAAAGAACGUGGUGGCCAUCUCCGACCGCCGGCCCCACCAGGGUGACCUGCUGCAGGUGCUGUACAGCGAGGACGAGGCGCGGGGCCGGGGGGGGCAGAGGGGGCCCCGCCCCACCAAGGGCACAACCCAGCAUGUGGGAAUUAAUGAACGAGAGUCAUCCAAGUCCUAUAAUCACCUGCUGGAUGGAAAGUCUUUGAUUCCUCCAUCUCCAGUUGCCCAUAUCACAGUGAAAACUGUGACUGUCACAGGCUCUCCCACACGUGACUGCACUUCUACAGAGGAACACAGGCACCGCUGGAGAAAGACAACAGAGUAUGACCUGGCCCUGCCACCAGGAGCAGAAGCUUCCCUGCCACUGACAGGAGGCAACCUGUGCGGGACACCCAGCCUCCUGAGGAAGAUGUGGAUGAAGCACAAGAAGAAGUCAGAGUACCUGGGGGCAACAAACAGUGCCUUUGAGGCGGACUGAUGAGGCUCAGCAUCACUUGGAAAGGCAGAAGGUCCUUUAGCCAAGGUGCUUUAUGGAACAGACAUAGCACAGCUCAUCCAGGAAAACAAUAUCCUUUUUAUUACUUCAUGCCAUUGCCUCAAAACAGUGGGAGAAAGGCUAACUAAGAUAAAAGUGGUGAACAUGAUGCAACUCACUGGCCUUUUUUUGUUGCAUUAUACUAAAAUCCCAAGUAUCCCACUAGAUUUACAACUUGAUUCAAAGAUGCUGAAACUACUGCUGACCCAUUCGCCAUUUUCUAUGUCCUGUCUGAAUCAGCUCAGACUUACAACAAGAAAAGCCUACCAAGAGGUUUGUGUAUUCCUGCAAGGCAACAGAUCAGUAACAGAGUGCCAUUAAAUCCCAGGAAUCUACUUGUCGUGUACUGCUGCUUGCUGUCUUUCCCCUCUCAUAUCAUGAGAAAAAAAACAUAUCUUACGAUAUGCUUGGUUGAAUGACACAUCCUAAACAUUUUUCUUACUUCAGUUUCAGUAUUUCAAGGCUGGAGUAGAAGAUGCAAAAAUUUUAAAACAAUGGGCCAGAAUUGAGAAAAUUUGCAAACAUAUGUACCAAACUUGCGAUUGAUGUUUCAAAGUGUUCUGCCAGAUUAAGCUAUGAACAACUGAAUAACCUCAAGGGAUACUUUCUGCCAUAGAACCUGCUUACAUGUGAAGUAGUAGUCAGCAACUUAACCUCUACCCAUGUGGUAGAGGAUAUUUCAUUAAGUGCACAAAAUACUAGGAGGAAAGAAAACAUAUAAAUGGUGCAACUAGGUAACUAAACAUGAGAUAUUUGCAUGUAGGAGACCUGUGCUUAUGAAUAGAUAGAUUUAAUGGAAUUUGCUUAAUUUUUUUUUCUCAAUUUAGAAAUAGCUGGUCAGGGCCUCUUGGGUUUUUGUCUCAAAAAAAGAAAAAACCAGCUUUACAAAAAGGUUUUCACCAUGGUUACAGAUAAUAUUACACUAGUCAUGAGCAGUACUUGCCUCCUAUGAGUGCUCCCCUGGUUCUUAUAAAAGACUUUGGUUUCCCUGAAUACAGAAGUUUAUUUUUCAAGCUGGAGAAAGAAUAUAUCCUGUUGCUCAUAAUAAUGACGAUCUCUAAUCUAACAGCCAGUGCACCAAAGCAUAAAUUAAAAAUACAAGUCUUACUCUGUGACAGAAGCAGAAGGAAGAAGCUCCCAUCUGAAACUUGCUUGCCAGCAGCCAGUGCAGUAAAAUGCACUGAGAUGCCAUCAAAAGCAGUGCCAUGGUACAUACUGAGGUGAGGAGGCUCAGACAACUGUCCCUGGUCAGGGGUCACGAGCUCAGAAGUACCAGGGUACCACCUGGCCAGGAGAGAAAGGCAGACAGGCCCUCUGGCUUUGGGCUGAGCAGGGUAGAGCAGUACACAGGAAAGGUUUGCAGCUUGACAGCCUGAGCAACCGAAGUCCUUGGAAUGGGAAAGCAAACGGAACAGUGGCUUCACAGAGAAAAUGUGCCCAGUGGCUCUAGGGAAGCCAGCAGGGGACACCUAUGUGGGGCUAGACAUGAUGGAGGAGGCAGUAGAGUGGGGAUGGAAGCAUUAUUUAAAAAGAUAACUGUGGCUUUUCAUACAGCCAGAGCCCACUCCAGAGUCUGCCAAAGAGAGAGAGAGGCACUAGACCUUCAUGAAAUACCUCUGUCAGCCCUCACAUUCAGUUGUCUGUCACUGCUUCAGUCACAGGCUCCUCUUUCAGAGAUGCUCAGCUAUUCAGAGUACAACCUUGCAACCAGCAAUCACACAGACUUUCAGUCCUCCUUACCAAAGGUAAAAGUCUUUUUCUGACCCAGCAGCCUGAUACAGGGAUAAUCUGCUCUCCUGCUUUUGUUUCUUGCUCCUGGGAGCAAGGAGAACACAGUUCCUUGUUAACCACGUGCUGGAUGUGGCAAUGGUGACCCAGUAUUAACCAUGUGCCACCUACCACAGCAUGUGAAAGCAAUGCCAAUGCCCACUGAAGGCUGCACACCUGAGCAGUUCCAGAGCAGUUUUCUCACAGGAGUCCACCCCACCUUUAAAUUGGAGCCUGAUACAUUGGCUCUGUGUAAUAGUCUGGGCACCGUGACCCUGCCAACACCAGGUCCUCUAUGACCUCUAUGAACCAAGUUGGAGCCAUGGACAGGAGUUUCUUGAAAACAUCUUUUACAAAUAUCACCAACCACACUGCAGCCCCCACCCCAGC